AUGAGGCUGCUCCGCGGCGGGCUCCGCGUCCUGCUCCGGCCCGGCGGCUGCCCCGGGCCCGCGGGCCCCGCCGCCUACACGCAGGGCCAGAGCCCCUCGCCCCGCGCCCGGGAGUAUUUCUACUACAUCGACUACCAGGGCCAGCUUUUCCUGGACGAUGCCAAAGUGAAGAACUUCAUCACCUGUUUUAAAGAUAAGCAGUUCCUCGCCUUCUUCUUCAAACAACUACAGCUGAACCGGAGCGGGCGCUACCAGGACGCCUUCCCCUACCUCUCCCCCUGCGGCCGAGAGCACAACUUCGUGCGCUGCGACGACCGCCCCAUCGUCUUCACCCACCUGCUGCGGGGCCAGGCGGGCGAGGAGCUGCUCUCCUACUGCGGCGGCGGAGACAGGCUGGUGGUCGGCUUCGAGCCAGAGAAGCUGGUGAUGUUCCCCGAGAACGGGCGCGUCUAUCACCCGGCCCCGCAGAAAGCCGGCGGCGUGGGGCUGGUGAAAUCAUCCCUGGCCUUUGAGCUGAGCCCCUGCUUUGAGUACAGCCAGGGCGCCGGCGGGCCCCCCACCCACUUCCGCUGGCAGGGCAAGCGCUACCCCCUCACCAAUGAGCUGGUGCAGCUGAUCCGCUCAAACAGCAGCGCCUGA